AUGCAGUGCAAUAACAUACACAUGUGUGCGAUGAAAAGUGUUUUUGCUCAUUUAAACUUUCUGUUUUUGUUUUUUUUAACAAUCUUAUAAGAAUUUAACAACGUUGAUAUUUCCCUUCCUCCCGGUUGCUCCUCAGAAUGGUAUAGUCCGAUGGACCUGCUCAGGAAGAGGCUGCGGGUCAGGAGGACGACGUUUGUUGCUUAUUUUCGGCUAUUUUCCACAUUUUUCGUGCUAAUGUGUGCGGCGAUUUGGUAGUUUGCUCUCAGCUUUAUCUUUUUCCGCCUCCCCGCCAAGGGUGGUCAUUACUGAAGAUUUUAUGAGUCUAUCUGUGAUGCUGAAAAUGACGGCUGGGCGUGUUUACGUCCGCUAACCAAAUUGGAUGUUUGUGGGUGAUCGCAGCAGCUUUACAGAGGUCACUUCUCCAUCAUCGCGUUCCGUCUCGUCCGGUUCUGUUGCCAGUCAGCUCAGCGGCCGCUCGAUGCCUAACACCUCAGAGGGUCAGGGAACAAACCUGUCUGGGUCUGCGGAGCCAUCAGGGCUGCAGCGGACCGCAGACAGGGAGGAGGAGCACAGCCUGAUUCGGUCCCUGGCCCGGGAUGCCGCGAGGGUGAGGCGGGCUUCUAGUGCUGAGCUCCACCUGCCGUGGACCUGCCCGGUCACACACUCCCGUGAGAAGUUCUACACAGUCUGCUCUGAUUAUGCCCUCUUAAACCAGGCUGCCUCCGUGUACUGCCCCCCAAACACAGGCAGGGACGCGCUCUCGAAGAAGCAGGAUGACGGAUCCCCACGUGUAAAGCCCAAACCCUCCACAGAGCUCAGUGCCGCACACACUGGAGGUUCCCAUGGGGGGGCAGGCGAGGACUGUGACAUGGAGGACGUGUCCAAGCCUAUUUUGGCCUGGGAGAUUGACACAGCAGACUUCAACACUGCAUAUACAAGGAAAAUAAGAGCAAGCAAUGGUAAGAAAUGCGGCGCUAAGAAGAUGAAGUCAUCCGACAGACCCAGCAGGAACCUGCAAGAUGUCCCUCCUCACGCCUCACUGGAGGAGAUCAAACAGAGGAAAGUGCUCGACCUCAGAAGAUGGUACUGCAUCAGUCGGCCACAGUAUAAGACGUCUUGUGGGAUCUCCUCGCUGGUUUCCUGCUGGAACUUCCUGUACAGCACGCUUGGCGCAGGAAAUCUGCCACCCAUCUCUCAGGAGGAAGCUCUGCAUAUUCUGGGGUUUCAGCCGCCGUUUGAAGAAAUCAAGUUUGGUCCCUUCACCGGCAACGCUACACUGAUGCGGUGGUUCAGACAAAUCAACGACAACUUCCGAGUGCGAGGUUGCUCCUAUAUUCUGUACAAACCACACGGAAAGCACAAGACAGCAGGAGAAACAGCUGAAGGAGCUCUGAUGAAACUGACACAAGGCCUGAAGGACGAGUCCAUGGCCUACAUUUACCACUGUCAGAACCACUACUUUUGCCCCGUGGGGUUCGAAGCCACGCCGCUCAAAGCAGCAAAGGCGUACAGGGGCGCUCUUCCCACUAACGAAAUGGAAUACUGGAUCUUAAUCGGGGAACCCAGCAGAAAACAUCCGGCUAUUCAUUGUAAAAAGUGGCUGGAUAUCGUGACUGACCUCAACACCCAAAAUCCAGAAUACCUGGACAUUCGCCACACAGAGAGGGGGAUUCAGCGCCGCAAAACCAAAAAGGUAGGUGGAAACCUGCACUGCAUCAUGGCCUUCCAGAGGGUCAACUGGCAGAAGCUUGGCCCCUGGGCGCUGAAUUUGGAAAACCUGCGGCACGACUUUCACCAAUCUGGAACGGAAAGGGCCCACGCGAGCGACGACAGCGAAGAGAGGACGUCAGCCAAGCGGAUGGCCCAGCUGGGACGCUCGCACAGCAUGGGAAGCCAGAAAGACACCAGCUGGAAACGCCUGUCCAACAGCACGGAGUACAGACAGCGCAGCUCGCCCGACAGCGACCUCGAAGAAGACAUCACAGACUGA